AAGUGAGGCUGUCUCCGCGCUGGGAGGGCGCGGCUCGUCUGCUCCCCUCUCCGCAGCGGCGGAGGCCUCCAUUUUCCCUUCGGCCCCGAGCGGCAGGAAGAGUCCCUCGGAACUGCAGCCAUGUCCGACUUUGUGGAGAGCGAAGCCGAGGAGUCAGAGGAGGAGUACAACGAGGACGGAGAGGUGGUUCCUAGAGUCGCCAAGAAGCUCGUAGAGGAGGAUGAUGAUGAUGAGGAAGAGGAGGAGGAGAAUCUUGACGACCAAGAUGAACAGGGCAACCUCAAGGGGUUUAUUAAUGAUGAUGAUGACGAGGAAGAGGAGGAGGAGGAGGAAGCCAGCGACUCUGGGGACUCAGAGGAUGAUGUUGGCCAUAAAAAGAGAAAGCGCACUUUUGACGACCGCCUGGAGGAUGACGAUUUUGACCUCAUUGAAGAGAACCUGGGUGUCAAAGUCAAAAGGCAAAAGUUCCGGCGUGUGCGGAAGAUGUCAGAUGAUGAGGACGACGAAGAGGAGGAUUAUGGGAAGGAAGAGCAUGAGAAAGAAGCCAUUGCCGAAGAGAUCUUCCAGGAUGGAGAAGGGGAGGAGGGGGGAGAGGCUGCUGAAGCCCCCCUCACUGGCCCCGAAGAGGAGGAAGAGGAGGAGGAAGACGAGUCGGACAUUGAUGAUUUCAUUGUGGAUGAUGAUGGGCAGCCCCUGAAAAAGCCCAAGUGGCGGAAGAAGCUCCCUGGAUAUACUGAUGCGGCUUUGCAGGAAGCUCAAGAGAUCUUCGGUGUGGACUUUGACUAUGACGAGUUUGAGAAGUACAACGAGUAUGACGAGGAGCUGGAGGAGGAGUACGAGUAUGAGGAUGAGGAGGCCGAAGGGGAGAUCCGGGUCCGACCCAAGAAGACCACCAAAAAGCGUGUCAGCCGGCGUAGCAUCUUCGAGAUGUACGAGCCCAGUGAACUGGAGAGCAGCCACCUCACGGACCAGGACAACGAGAUCCGCGUGACGGACAUGCCCGAGAGGUUCCAGCUGCGCUCCAUCCCUGUAAAGAGUGCAGAGGACGAUGAGCUGGAGGAAGAAGCUGACUGGAUCUACAGGAAUGCUUUUGCCACGCCUACCAUCUCCUUGCAGGAAAGCUGUGAUUACUUGGACCGUGGACAGGCCAGCAGCUUCAGCCGCAAGGGGCCCAGCACCAUCCAGAAGAUCAAGGAAGCCUUGAACUUCAUGAGGAAUCAGCAUUUUGAGGUCCCCUUCAUCGCCUUCUACAGGAAGGAGUAUGUGGAGCCAGAGCUGCACAUCAACGACCUCUGGAGGGUCUGGCAGUGGGAUGAGAAGUGGACCCAGCUGAAGAUCCGCAAGCAGAACCUGACCCGCCUGUUUGAGAAGAUGCAGGCCUACCAGUACGAGCAGAUCUCCGCUGACCCUGACAAGCCCUUGGCGGAUGGGAUAAGGGCCCUCGAUACCACCGACAUGGAGAGGCUGAAGGAUGUGCAGUCCAUGGAUGAGCUGAAGGACGUGUAUAACCACUUCCUGCUUUACUAUGGGCGCGACAUCCCCAAGAUGCAGAACGCGGCCAAAGCUGCUCGGAAAAAGCAGAAGCGGAUCCGGGAGGACGGCGAAGAGGAAGAAGGUGAAGGGGAGGACGCAGAGGAUGAGGAGCAGAAGGGACCCGAGCUGAAGCAGGCAUCGCGUAGGGAUAUGUACACUAUCUGCCAGGCUGCCGGGCUGGAUGGCCUGGCGAAGAAGUUUGGUCUGACGCCUGAGCAGUUCGGAGAGAAUCUCCGGGACAGUUACCAGCGCCACGAGACGGAGCAGUUUCCUGCAGAGCCCCUGGAACUGGCCAAGGAUUAUGUGUGCAGUCAAUUCCCAAGCCCCGAGGCCGUGCUGGAAGGGGCCCGCUACAUGGUGGCUCUGCAGAUCGCCCGGGAGCCACUGGUCAGGCAGGUUCUGAGGCAGACUUUCCAGGAAAGGGCCAAAAUCAACAUUGCACCAACCAAGAAAGGGAAAAAGGACGUGGAUGAGGCCCACUACGCGUACUCCUUUAAGUACCUGAAGAAUAAGCCAGUGAAGGAGCUGCGGGACGACCAGUUCCUAAAGACGUUUCUGGCUGAGGAGGAGGGGUUCCUGACCAUCGACAUUAGCAUUGACAUGAAAGGAGUGGAAGGUUAUGGUAGUGACCAGACGUAUUUUGAGGAAAUCAAGCAGUUCUACUACCGGGACGAGUUCAGCCACCAGGUACAGGAGUGGAACCGCCAGCGCACCAUGGCCAUCGAGCGCUCGCUCAACCAGUUCCUCUACGUGCAGAUGGCUAAGGAGCUGAAGAACAAGUUGCUGGUGGAGGCCAAGGAAUAUGUCAUCAAGGCUUGCAGCCGGAAGCUAUACAACUGGCUGAAGGUGGCAUCGUACCGCCCUGAUCAGCAGGUGGAGGAAGACGACGAUUUCAUGGACGAAAACCAGGGCAAGGGGAUUCGGGUGCUGGGCAUUGCAUUCUCCUCUGCCAGGGACCACCCUGUGUUCUGUGCCCUUGUGAAUGGAGAGGGCGAGGUCACAGACUUCCUCCGGCUGCCAUACUUCACAAAGAGGAGGAACGCCUGGCGGGAGGAAGAGCGGGAGAGGAAGGCCCAGGACAUUGAAACACUGAAAAAAUUCCUUCUCAACAAGAAGCCUCACGUGGUGACGAUUGCAGGGGAGAACAGGGAUGCCCAGAUGCUGAUGGAAGAUGUGAAGCGGAUCGUGCACGAGCUGGACCAGGGGCAGCAGCUGUCCUCCAUCGGGGUGGAGCUGGUAGACAACGAGCUGGCUAUUCUCUACAUGAAUAGCAAGAAGUCAGAGAAUGAGUUCCGGGACUACCCGCCCCUGCUGCGCCAGGCAGUCUCCCUGGCUCGCCGCAUUCAGGACCCCCUUAUUGAGUUCGCCCAGGUCUGCAGUUCCGACGAUGACAUCCUGUGCCUGAAACUGCACCCUCUGCAGGAGCACGUGGUGAAGGAGGAGCUGCUGAAUGCGCUUUACUGUGAGUUCAUCAACCGGGUAAAUGAGGUGGGCGUGGAUGUCAACCGAGCCAUCGCGCACCCCCACAGCCAGGCCCUCCUGCAGUAUGUCUGUGGCCUGGGGCCACGCAAGGGGACUCACCUGCUGAAGAUCCUGAAACAGAACAACACACGCCUGGAGAACCGGACUCAGCUGGUCACCAUGUGCCACAUGGGGCCCAAGGUCUUCAUCAACUGUGCUGGGUUCAUCAAGAUCGACACAGCGUCACUGGGGGACAGCACGGAUUCCUACAUUGAGGUCCUGGAUGGGUCCAGGGUCCAUCCCGAAACCUACGAAUGGGCAAGGAAAAUGGCCGUGGAUGCCCUUGAGUACGAUGAAUCAGCAGAGGAUGCAAAUCCCGCCGGAGCUUUGGAAGAGAUCCUAGAAAACCCCGAGCGCCUGAAAGACCUGGAUCUGGAUGCCUUCGCUGAGGAGCUGGAGAGACAGGGCUACGGCGACAAGCACAUCACUCUGUACGACAUCCGAGCUGAGCUGAGCUGCAGGUACAAGGACCUGAGAACCCCCUACCGCUCUCCGAACACGGAGGAGGUCUUCAACAUGCUGACCAAAGAAACCCCAGAAACUUUCUACAUCGGGAAAAUGAUCAUCAGCAACGUGACAGGGAUUGCGCACAGGCGGCCGCAGGGGGAGAGCUAUGACCAGGCGAUACGGAACGAUGAGACCGGCCUGUGGCAGUGCCCCUUCUGCCAGCAGGACAAUUUCCCAGAGCUCAGUGAGGUGUGGAAUCACUUUGACAGCGGCUCCUGCCCUGGCCAGGCAAUUGGGGUGAAGACACGGCUGGACAACGGGGUCACGGGCUUUAUACCGACCAAAUUCCUCAGUGACAAAGUGGUCAAGCGCCCGGAAGAGAGGGUGAAGGUGGGAAUGACCGUCCAUUGCCGGAUCAUGAAGAUCGACAUCGAGAAGUUCAGCGCGGACCUGACCUGCAGGACAUCCGACCUGAUGGAUAAGAACAACGAGUGGAAGCUGCCCAAGGACACCUAUUAUGACUUCGACACGGAGGCCUCUGACCAUAAGCAGGAGGAAGACAUGAAGAGGAAGCAGCAGCGCACCACUUACAUCAAGAGGGUGAUCGCCCACCCCUCGUUCCACAACAUCAGCUUCAAGCAGGCCGAGAAGAUGAUGGAAACCAUGGACCAAGGGGAUGUCAUUAUCCGCCCCAGCAGCAAAGGGGAGAACCACCUGACAGUCACCUGGAAGGUGAACGACGGCAUCUACCAGCACGUGGACAUCCGUGAGGAGGGCAAGGAGAACGCCUUCAGCUUGGGCUCGACCCUCUGGAUAAACACGGAGGAGUUCGAGGACCUGGAUGAAAUCGUCGCCCGCUACGUCCAGCCAAUGGCGUCUUUCGCCAGGGAUCUACUGAAUCACAAGUACUACCAGGACUGCAGUGGCGGAGACAGGAAGAAGCUGGAAGAGAUGCUGGUCAAAACGAAGAAAGAGAAGCCGACUUUCAUCCCAUACUUCAUCAGUGCCUGCAAAGAUCUUCCUGGCAAAUUCCUGCUGGGGUACCAGCCUCGUGGCAAGCCCAGGAUAGAGUACGUGACAGUAACGCCGGAGGGCUUCCGGUACCGGGGACAGAUCUUUCCAACGGUGAACGGACUCUUCCGCUGGUUUAAGGACCACUAUCAGGAUCCCGUGCCAGGGAUCACCCCCAGCAGCAGCAGCAGGACCAGGACUCCAGCCUCCAUCAAUGCUACUCCUGCUAACAUCAACCUGGCUGAUCUGACCCGAGCGGUGAAUGCCCUGCCUCAGAACAUGACGUCGCAGAUGUUCAGUGCCAUUGCCGCAGUGACGGGCCAGGGGCAGAACCCCAACGCUACGCCCGCACAGUGGGCAUCCAGCCAGUACGGCUACGGUGGCAGCGGCGGCGGCAGCAGCGCUUACCAUGUCUUUCCGACUCCGGCGCAGCAGCCAGUGGCCACCCCGCUGAUGACCCCCAGUUACUCCUACACUACCCCCAGCCAGCCGAUCACAACGCCGCAGUAUCAUCAGCUCCAGGCCAGCACCACCCCGCAGUCCACGCAGUCGCAGCCGCCAUCGCAGCCCUCAUCCAGUUCCAGGCAGCGACAGCAGCCCAAGGCCAACAGUCAUGCGGCCAUCGACUGGGGGAAGAUGGCCGAGCAGUGGCUCCAGGAGAAGGAGGCAGAGCGGAGGAAACAGAAGCAGCGGUUGACUCCGCGCCCAUCUCCCAGCCCCAUGAUCGAGAGCACGCCCAUGUCCAUCGCCGGCGACGCCACGCCACUGCUGGACGAGAUGGAUCGAUAGGCCUGGCUGGACCUGCCCCUCUGCUCUCUGGGAAGGGGGAGGGGAGGGAGAACAGUUGGAAGCAAGUCCCCUUCCUUAGCCACGUAACUCCUGUUUUAUACUGCAUAACAUGGUGUGAAAUGACACUGGGCGGCACCCCCCGCACCAGCGCCAGGCUUGGCAGGGCCGGCAUCAGUAUAUAUCUGCGUAUAUCUCAUAGGAAAGGAAGGGGCCUCACAAGCAGCCUCUGCUCCAGGCCAUGCUCCACCGCUUCGGCAGCUCACCUGAAAAACUGGAGUCUGCCCCUGGCCGUGCCCAGCAACCUGCUUCCAUAGCCUGGGCAGGGAGCACGCCCUGCGCAGAGCGACGCGUUACCAGCCCCUCCCGUGGCACGGCCCUCGCCCUGACUGCGCUAAGCACCCACCAACUCCUGGUGCCUCUGCUCCGUGGUUCCCUGCAGACACCAUGCCAACCCCUGGCAUCUGCUUUUGCAAGGGGGUUUUAGCAAAGCAGGUCUGGGGUCAGGGCUUCGGCCAGGGAGAAGUGCAGCUGCCCCGGGGGCUCGGCCUCUCCCUGGGACGAUAUUUAUUCUGUUUUUGUUUUGUUUGUUUUGGGGUCAGACGGGGAAAGGAGGGUGGUGGUAGCCGUGUCCCGGGAGCAAGGCAGGCUCAUACCCAAGGUGCCACUAGCACUGCCACUCUCAUGGCCAGGAGGAUGUCAUGCAGCCUGAAAGCCUCUCCCACAUCUCCCUCGCAUGCCCAAACGGGGCGCAUAAAUAGUAUUUCUGCCAAGCACCAGGCAGGAACCCCUCUCUCCGGGGCAGUGGCAGAGGUGGGAGCAGAGCCCCUCUUCCUUUGUUGCACAGAAGCGCUCCCAGGCCUGCGGACCUGGGGGCGUCCCAGGAGGAGGAGGAAGAAUCCCUGUCUGUUCUUCCCGCUCUGUGUGGAGCCCAGGGGCCUGCAGGAAGCCCAGCCUGGGUCUCCCACGGCCUGCCCUGGCAGGGGAGGCUGCAGGGGUCAGGCUCAGCCCGGUGCACUGUUACAGAGUCGCUGCUGGAGAUGAGAACUGUUUCUAACCCGGAGGCUACUCGCCACGCUCCCCCGUGGUCCUCCCCCAGCUCCCUUGCAGGACUUUUGUUCCCCCACGAUCUGCCUGACCCUCUGCAUGGAGUCACGAGGUUUUACAGCUAGGAAAGAAGCAGGAGCGGCGCGGAGCUCAGGAGACAAAGGCCUUGUUUGCAUGCAAAUGCCCCUGGAUAAUGGAGGAAGGCGACCCGAGAACCAAGUGGCGUCUGUGGAGGAUGGAGCACCGCCGGUUUCCAGGCAGCAGCUCCACCGUAGCCCACGGCCAGGCAUGGCUGCACCCCUCGGCCCCGGGCUGGCGUGUGCCGAGGCAGGCUCAUGAGCAGGCUAAUUUUUGCUGUUCAUUUUUUUUUAUUAUUAUUAUUAUUAUUAUUCUGUUGAGUUUGGGACGGGGGCUGGGAGCCACCCCCGCAGGCGCUGGAGACCAGGCGGGGGCCCCAGUCACGCUUUGUUUGCCAGAUCCUGGUGGCUGCCUUUGGUUUUAGGUUUCCCCCUUGACUAUCAAUAAAAUUCUACUUUUGGGA